AUGAAUAUGGGCGUGUUGCCCACAAUCAAAUGCUCCAAUUGCGGAUGCAAUGUUGAGAUCAUGUCUAUGGGAGAUCACACUUGCAUUCAAAAUGAUUCUGCUGUCGUCUCUGUCCCAUCACCGCCAUCGCCGCCUCCUUCGGCGGGGUUAGAAUCCCCAGACCGACUCACAACCGCGAUGGCUUCCAAGAUUCCCCGUGGAGGACCUCCCCCCCGGAUUGACCCAUAUGCUGCAAAUCGCGCAUACCUACAACCUAAUAUGCCGACACCAGCUAGUAGUGUCGCUCCAUCACCCUCCAUCAAUUCAGCUCCUCGAUCUCCGCUGUAUCCACCACAUGAUGCGGCCGAUAACGAAUCCACAAUCGACUUGGACAAUGUCUUCUCAUUCCCAAUGCCUGGAAACAGAUCACCGACACAAGUGAGAACACCAAGUCCAAUGACAAUGCCACAGGGAACGGGCAGAUCAUUACCACCAGCCCUGUCACCUGGGCUGGGAUUGGGACUCAGGCCGGAAAAUAUCCAGCUUCCACCCAGCCCAAUGCCACCUUCUAUGUCCCCAGAACCAAACCACUACAGAGGGGACUCGACAGUGAGCCACAGCAGCUAUCGCACAUCUUUUGCCAGCAGUCGCUAUGGGGAAUCAACGGCGAGGUCGUCGACCAACAGCUUUUCUCGCGGGCAACGAUCUUUCAUGGAGGAACCGCUACCAGUACCCCUGGCACCGCUCCGCACACCUAACAAAACAUCCUUCCCUCGUGAUUCGAACCUCUCCGUGGUUUCAUCCCAGAUCAGCGAGGAAGAAGCCAGUGGAUUUGAUUUUGGUCUCCCUACAGGAUCAAACCCGGUUACUGGAUUGCAAGACCUUCCUGAAGAAUCGCCCUCGGUCGAAUACGAAAAUAACGAUGAAUAUCCCGCAUUCCAGCCUACACAGACUGACCUCCGCCCAGCAACAGCAGCGACAGAACCAAGCAGUGUGGCACAAAGGAAGAAUUCUGACGCCAGUACAACCAGUCUACUGUCUGUUACCAGCUUUGCCCGUGCUCUUGGUCUUGAAGAACAGAUGAAUAACCCUGAAAGCUCCGUCUCAUCGGAGUCCUCGCCUUCAGAUGCCCGAAGUGGUAGCUCCAUGUCAAGUAUUCCCUCCGAUGUCAGCCUGACCAGACUUAAACCCUCCGAUCCCCUCACCUUAGCCCCUAUGGUUGAGGAACUGCCCCCUCGCACCCGACAGACGGUUCUGGAAAUACCCGGCCGCAUACGAAGCACUAUGGAAGAUCUGAACUCCGUGGAAAACGUCCCUCCCAUCCCAGCUGCGUUCUUCAGCCCGGAUUCACCAACAGACCCUUCAAUCAAUAAAGGUGGCUUGUCUUUGAUCGCAGAUAGACAAGAAGCAAUUCCGAUUCCGAGCCCGACUCCAUCGCACCCAAAACAAUCUACCUCUCCUCAACCGCCUCAACAAUAUCGUGCCCCUCAGCGUUCUUUCACAGCACCAAUCCCACAAACGACCCACACACCUCAAGUGCCAACUCGAUCUGGGACACGCUCCAAGGGAACAUGUAGGGGUUGCAACGAGACCAUCACAGGGAAAUCGAUCUCAUCCUCAGACGGCCGUCUGACAGGCCGAUACCACCGUGGCUGUUUCGUCUGCUUUGAGUGCCACUCGCCCUUCCAAACAGUCGACUUCUACGUCCUAAACAACCGCCCCUUCUGCGCGCAACAUUAUCACGAGCGCAACGGCUCCCUCUGCACAGUCUGUAACACCGGUAUCGAGGGCCACUAUCUUGAAACCGUGGAGCGGAACCCGGGUCGCUCAGAUCGCCGCCGUUUUCACACGGAGUGUUUACAAUGUCGUACCUGUCAUGUCCUUCUCAAGGGCGACUACUUUGAGUGGAAUGGCGAGGUGUUCUGUGAGCGUGACGCUCGUCGCGCUGCGGCGGCUUCUUACCACCCUCCCCCUCCUGGUCGUCGUCGGCCAACGCUUGGCUCCUCGCCGCUAGCUCAGUCUGGCCAAUUCCCGCCGGUCCCGUACCCCCGUUCGGCUGGCCCUGGCCCCGGCCCCGGUCAUGGCCCCGGAGGACUUCGCUCGGGUCCGAGAUACCCCCCUGGUGGUGGUGGAGGAGGAGGAGGAGGGAGGUUCCCCGAACGUCGAACUACCAAGCUUAUGAUGAUUUGA